AUGUGUGUGCAAGAUUGGAAAUUUUUAGAUAAUUUUGUAGAAGAUUUUUCAGUUACUACUGGUGCGUUAGGUACACCAAAAGAAGCUUUGGAAGCAUCAAAAGAUUCAGUAGGUUACAUAUAUGAAUAUUUAAAUAUGUAA